CCAGAAGCUUGGCGCGCAGAGGCUGCUGGUCCCUGGAGGGAGGACGUGAAUCCCGGCAGACUCCCAGGAGGAGACGCACCCCUACACCCACAGAGCGGGUGGGCAGAGAGCCACCAGGCCUUAGCGUCGCUGCCCCUUCUCCUCUCCGGCACCCGGAACCUUGCGCGCGCGGAACCUCGGUGGCGGAACACCGGCGACGCGGACCUUGAGGGCGAUGGAGCACGCGCGCGGGCCGGGGGCCGAGGCUGACGCUCCGGAGGAGGAGGGGGAGGCGCGGGCGGCCAUGGCGGCCGUGGUGACUGCUGCGGGUGGAGCGUGCCCCGCAGUUCUGCAGGUGGCCGGCCUCUACCGGGGCCUGUGUGCAGUGCGCAGCCGCGCCCUGGGGUUGGGGUUCGUGUCACCAGCUCAGCUGCGCGUGUUCCCGGUACGCCCGGGCUCCGGCCCGCCCUCUGGGGGAGCAGAUGGCAGUGGGGUCAGCGAGCUGGAAGCUAACCCCUUCUACGACCGCUACCGGGACAAGAUCCAGCAGCUGCGCAGGUCUGACCCAGCUGCCUUUGAGUCCCGCCUGGAGAAGCGCAGUGAGUUUCGGAAGCAACCAGUGGGGCACUCCAAACAAAGUGACUUUAUCAAAUGUGUGGAGCAGAAGACACAUGCCUCAGGGAAACAGCCUGUGAGCAAAGGAUUCACUAAGGAUAAGACUCUCAGUUCGAUCUUUAACGUUGAGAUGGUGAAAGACAAAACUGCAGAGGAAAUAAAACAGAUUUGGCAGCAGUAUUUUUCAGCAAAAGACACAGUCUACGCAGUUAUCCCUAAAGAGAAGUUUGAUUUGAUUUGGAACCGGGCUCAGUCCUGCCCAACAUUUCUUUGUGCACUACCAAGAAGAGAUGGUUAUGAGUUCUUUGUAGGACAAUGGACAGGUACUGAGCUCCACUUCACUGCACUUAUAAAUAUUCAGACCCGAGGGGAUGCUGCGACCAGCCAGUUGAUUUUAUAUCACUAUCCUGAACUUAAGGAAGAAAAAGGCAUAGUGCUGAUGACAGCAGAAAUGGAUUCCACUUUUCUGAAUGUCGCUGAGGCACAGUGCAUCGCAAAUCAGGUUCAACUCUUCUAUGCCACUGAUCAGAAGGAGAUUUUUGGGCUAGUAGAGACCUUUAACUUCAGACCAAAUGAGUUCAAAUAUAUGUCUGUCAUCGCUGAAUUGGAGCAAAGUGGACUUGGAGCAGAACUGAAAUGUGCCCAGAACCAGGAUAAGACUUAGAGACAUCUUGAUUGGCCCUUCACUGAGUCAUCUCAGUCCUGGCUAGCCUGAAGCCCACCCAAACCCUUGACCUCCAGAGCUCAACAUCCGCAACAAGCAGUCUGUAAAGAUACUACAAGAAGUGAUUGUGGGCAUGAACCCUAAUACUUGAUAUUCAGGAACAAAGGUAUACAAAUAUUCUGAUAAUUAUUACCUCUCAGCCUAAGGGUUCCUUUUAUGUGUUUCUGGGCAUUUGAACAAGAAAUAUUUAGGGAUCUACAAGACUAUGGGCUGGGUUUUAUUCAGUGUAACAGUGAAGUUGACUUAAUAGCUCCCGGUUCUAUGUCUUCGUAACCCUGUAGCAAUAAGCUUGAGAUCUUAGAGAUGUCAGCUUUAUGUAUUCUUUCCCAUGCACCAGUGAGCUGGCUAAAAAUAUAACCCAAAAAUCCUGGCCAGACUCAAUACAGCCAGCUAUGCUACUCAGAAGGAAAAUUUCUAGAAAUCCCUCCAGAGUUGCCCUCCGUGUAACUCAGCGGCUUUCAGGUAUAGUUAAAUAAAUAGGUACAGUGCCUGCAUACGUUAAACCAACACUUAUGGCCCUACUCUCUGAACUGUGCCUAUGAGAAGCUGUGAGAUGAAUUAGUUCAGUAUAAAUAAAGCCUUUUUUAUAAGGAGAUCAUUCCAGAUUUGCAUGAUUAAAAAAAAAUAAAAAACAAAAGCAUUACAUGAAAAUGUGGGUAGAAGCAAUGUCCCCAGAUUGAGUAUGGGGAAUGCAGCAAUAAAGUCUGGUUUUCAGUCUUCGUUACACAAAAUAGUGGAAACUAAGCUGUGCGAUGUUGGUGGCAUCAGUGCUGUGGGUUAAUUUUAUCAGAACUCAUCUUGGGGCUCAAUGAUUUCUUGAAGUGUCACAAAUAAGCAAGUUAAUUUGCCACCAGAAACACAUGUAUCACUCUAAAGCUCCAAGUUCACAGGUGAAAAGAAUGGUGGGUCCAUACCAGCCUCAUUAACUCAAAUUCCCAGGUGCCCCCAGUAUUAUUGCGGAUCCCUGUACCAUACCUCUCAUUUAAUCCAAUAUGCUCCACCUUCAUCUGCCCCCCCCAGUCUGAUGUUGGAUGCCACCAAAAAUGAAUAGAAAUGUGUGUAUGUUCUUCAUUAUAGAUUUGUUUUUUAGGGAUGGCCUCUCUCAAAACUUUUUAAGUAGGUGUGGUGGUUUGAAUAAGAAUGGUCACUGUAGGCUCAGAUAUUUGAAUGCUUAGUAACCAAGGAGUAGAAGCAUUUGAAAGGAGUAAAAAGAUGAGGAGCUGUGGCCCUGUUGGAGGAAGUGUGUCACUGGGGGUGGGCUUUGAGGUUUUAAAAGCCGAUACCAGGCCCAGAGUGUCUCUCUCUCCCUCUUUCUUUCCUACCUUCCCUCCUUCCCCUCUCAUCCUCUCCCAUUUCCUCCCCUCCACCUCUUGGCCAUGCAGGUCAGGAUGUAGCUCUCAGCUACUUCUCUAAUACCAUUCCUGCCUGCUGCCAUGCUCUCUGCGGUGAUGAUAAUGGACUGAGCCUCUGAAACUGUAAGCAAGCCUCCCCAAUUAAAUGAUUCAUUAUGAAAGUUGCCUUGGUUCAUGAUGUCUCUUCCCAACAACAGAACAGUAACUAAGACAGUAGGGUUGGCCACCCCAUUGUUUUCUAGAUGGAGAAACAGUGUUUACUUAAACAGAAGCUAUGCUGUGCUUUCAGUUUCUCUAAAGGUUGAGUUGUUUUCUGAUGCAACUUCUAGGCCCUCCGUGGGCCCAAUAGUGUACAUUUGAGAACUUGAGUGCUAUCAGUACUGCAGUUCUCCUUAAAUGCCUUCCACAAUUCUCAGUGAUACACAUUUCGGGACUUGGCAUUGGGUAGGGCUGCUUUUGUGGGUACCCAGCAUGAGUAUUUGUUUUGUUUUGUUUUUCUUCAGAUAGACCCAUUUCUCAGUCAUAGAACAUUUUCAAGACAUCUAUACUAAAAGGUGAAAAAAAAAAAGAUGAAAAAAAACAUUUAAAAAGAACUAGCCAUUUAUUUCAUAGCUCCUCCCAGCUUUGCCCUCAAUCCCAUCUUGCCAAAUAAGGAUGAUAUAUCCAUGGCUAAUUAUAUCAGAUGUGACUGAAGCACCACCUGACUGUUAAUAUUUAUUUUACCAAAGAGAUGGAGCAAGUAAUAAAUGAAAACUAUAGCAGUUAGUCUGUAAAUGUCUUCGCUGAUCCAAGCAUAGUGUUUCUAAGGUGGGCUUUGGAGCUCAUUGAAUUGGGUUCAGAUGUCAGCAUUACUUUCAUUAGCUUAUUAGUGAUGUUACUUAAACUCUAAUUCUUACCUUCUGAACAUGGGGAUGAGAUCUAGCUACCUCAUAGAAUUAUUUUGAGACUUCAGUUAGUUUGUAUAUAGACUACAAUAGAAUUCAGUACAUGCUGGGUCCCUUCCUCUUCUUUACUUCUUCAUUAAAGACCAGCACAGGGCUAGGAAUAGCUCAGUGGUGGAACUUUGUUCCCAGCACGAAUCAGGCCCUGUGUUUGGUUCCCAGCACCAGACAGGAAGAAGGUUAAGUCAGCAUUUCAGAAGCACAGAUGAUUCUUCAUUUCAGCUUAAACAACCAACUCUGUCUCACUGGUUCUCAACUUAAGAUACAGUGGGAUCACUUAAGACACUUAAAAGACGCAGUUCCUGGAUGCUGACAGACUGAAUCAAAGUGAGCAGAAAGCACUAACAACCUGCACUUUAGCAUGUAUUCUAGGUAAUUCUGAUGUGGGUAAUUAGUGAGCCUAGUGAACCAUUGCCUUAUCGCUUAUGAAAAUGUCCACAAGACGGUCUUUACUCACCACAGACAUUCACAUACGAUGUAGAUUCCUCAGCUCUUUGUCUUCCUAAUAGUCCUUUUAUGUACUCUACUUACAUUACAUUAUAUUUAUUUUUGUGUGUUUACCCCACUAGACUGUGAGCUCCUUGAGGGACAGGAUUUAUCUUUAUUCUCAGUGCCAAGGACAUGACAUGAACCACAAAAGAAACUCAGCUGUUGAACAAAUAAAUGAUAUAGAUUUUAGCCAUAAA